AGAUUGCAGGGGCAUUUUUGGCAACACGAAUCAGCAGCAACUAACACAGAAAUAAGAAACAUCUGCAUCCUAUAAGAGUCGGUUUUGGAACUGAUUUAGAUUUUUGGCAAACAGUAGUUGGGUUCACUUCGCUUCACAGUGCGAACAACACCAGUAUCCUCAAGCAUUCAUGCUUGGUGCAGUUUGGUGGAUGAUAGAUCAUCUAAUUCGAGGCCUUGAGAUUUCUCUGAAGAAAUGCUUGUAUCUGCUCUUUUAACAUCUGUUGGAAUAAAUUCUGGGCUAUGUGUUUUAUUCUUCACAUUGUACUCUAUUCUAAGGAAACAACCAAGUAAUUAUGACAUUUAUAUACCCCGCUUGCUGGUUGAUGGAACUUCUAAACGGAGAAGUCAUUUCAAUCUUGAAAGGCUGAUACCUUCUCCUGGUUGGGUGAGAAGGGCGUGGAAGCUUUCUGAAGAGGAACUACUGUCAUCCUCAGGCUUGGAUGCUGUGGUCUUUAUGCGUAUCAUAACCUUCAGCUUGAAAGUAUUUUUGGUUGCUGGGAUCAUUGGGAUCUUUGUUCUACUUCCAGUGAACUGCACAGGAGAUCAGCUUGAAGAUAUUGACUUGGUUGAUAUUUCAAAUAAUUCUCUGGAUGUAUUUUCUAUUUCAAAUGUAGAAACCGGCUCAAAAAGGUUAUGGGUUCACUUCUGCGCUGUGUAUAUUCUCACCAUUUUUGUCUGCUAUCUACUAUAUUAUGAAUAUAAAUAUGUUUCUUCAAAAAGGAUUGCUUAUUUUCAUUCAUCCAAGCCUCAGCCACAUCAGUUCACCAUCUUAGUUCGUGGUAUCCCUGUUUCUGUUGGGAGCAGCAUCAGUGACAGUAUUCAGAGCUUUUUUACAGAGUAUCACCCUUCAACAUAUCUGUCACAUAUGGUUGUUCGUCGGACAAACAAGCUUCGGGCUCUCAUUAAUGAUGCAAAGAAGUUGUACAGAAGGAUUAUUCACUUGCAAUCAAGCUCUACUCAAAACAAGUAUAGGUGUGGAAAUUGCUUUGGACUGUUUGGACGCAAGGUUGAUAUUGUAAAUCAGUAUGAAAAGAAGUUAGAAGAUAUAGAGGAAAAUGUGAGAUUGGGGCAAUCAGAGGUUUCAUUGGCAGGAGAAGAAAUUCCGGCUGCCUUUGUGUCCUUCAAGUCUCGAUAUGGUGCUGCAAUUGCUUUUCACUUGAGACAAUCAAUCAAUCCCAUUCAGUGGGUCACAGAGCAAGCUCCAGAACCUAAUGAUGUUUACUGGCCCUUUUUUUCCUCAACCUUCAUGCGGAGAUGGAUUUGUAAGCUGGUGGUUGUUGUUGCAUGUAUUCUUCUUACAAUCUUAUUCCUUAUUCCUGUUGUAUUUGUCCAAGGCCUUACCAACCUGAGCCAGUUGGAAGUUUGGUUGCCUUUCCUGAAAAGCAUUCUUACCAUAACAUUUAUCAGUGAAGUAAUUACAGGAUACCUUCCCAGUCUUAUUCUUAUGCUGUUUUUGAAAAUGGUGCCCCCCAUAAUGGAGUUGCUUUCUUCCAUUCAAGGAUACAUUUCCCAUAGUGAUAUAGAAAAGAGUGCAUGCGACAAAGUACUUUGGUUCACGAUAUGGAACAUCUUCUUUGCAACUACAUUUUCUGGAUCAGUUUUAUAUCAGGUUUCCAUAGUCCUUGAUCCGAGGAAUAUUCCUGCCAAGCUAGCUGUUGCAGUUCCAGCACAGGCAUCAUUUUUCAUUGCUUAUGUUGUCACUUCUGGAUGGACAAGCACUGCAACUGAACUCUUUCGCCUAGUCCCUUUUCUCUGGAGUCUAAUAAGAAAACCAUGUGCCGGAAGUACAGAUGAUGAACUUGAAGUUCCUUCUAUUCCUUAUCACAGAGACAUUCCAAGACUUCUUUUCUUUGGACUUCUUGGGAUUACAUAUUUUUUCCUAGCUCCUCUAAUUCUACCAUUCCUCUUAUUGUACUUCUGUUUUGGAUACAUCAUCUACCGUAACCAGUUUAUAAAUGUGUAUGCACCAAAGUAUGAAACCGCAGGGAAGUUUUGGCCUAUUGUACACAAUUCAAUGAUAUUUUCACUGGUACUCAUGCAUGCUAUUGCUGUGGGAAUCUUCACACUGAAGAAGCUGUCUUUAGCUACGACUUUAAUUUUCCCUCUUCCAAUACUCACGCUUCUCUUCAAUGAGUACUGCCGGAAACGUUUCCUACCCAUCUUCAUUGCCUACUCUGCUGAGACUUUGAUAAAGAAGGAUAGAGAUGACCAGAACGAUGCUGCAAUGGCCGAGUUUUUUGAUAAAUUGGUCACUGCCUACCAGGACCCGGCAUUGAUGCCAAUUCAGUUCUCUGCAAACCUCGACAGUCUUAACAGCCCCCUGUUAUCGUCUACUCAAUUUUGAGCCUGAGGUAUGUUGUGUUUGUGCCAUAUUAAGGUGACUGGUAAUUUUGGUAUUUUUUUUUAUUUAUUUAUAGCCACUUUCAUAUGUGAUGGUUGAUUCUUUUUCGUGAGCAAUAAAAAAUGUCCUGGAAAAGGAAAAAAAAAAAGAUCCUUUGUGAGCAUGCGUGUGCUUUUUGUUACCCUGUGUGGCAUAUAUACGUCACAACUCACAUGUACGUAUAUUGGCAUGUAAUUUCUCUGAAGUUUUUCCUGAAGUUUUGAAUGCUCGACCUGAUUUUUCCUUAAAA